AUGUCCCAAGGAAAAGAUCACUGGUCUACCGAGGCCUAUUCAACCUCCGCCUCGUUUGUCCCCAAACUAGCCCAGACCCUACUCCAGUACCUAGACCCGCAGCCCACAGACAAAGUACUUGACAUAGGCUGUGGCGAUGGAAAGUACACGGAGGCUUUCCUGCCCGCCGUCCAGUCUGUCCUGGGGAUUGACGCGUCUCCCGCGAUGAUCGAAGCGGCGAACAAGGAGUACGGAAGUGCGAAGGCGGAGUUCCGCGUCGUGGAUUGCUGUUACUUAGAGCAAGAGAAAGAGAUCGUGAAUGGAAGUUGGGAUAAAGUCAUCUCGAACGCCGCGUUGCAUUGGAUCCUGCGCAAUGAAUCUACCCGUCUGAACACUCUCAAAGCCAUAUACAAUAGCCUGAAACCCGGCGGAACGUAUGUAUUCGAGAUGGGCGGACAUGGCAACAUCGCCGAGGUGCAGACGGCUAUGAUCUUCGCGCUCGUCCAGCAGGGUUUCUCGAUUGAGAAGGCCAGAGAUACCAGUCCCUGGUUUUUCCCGUCGGCUGCCUGGAUGACCAGCGCGUUAGAAGAGAUCGGCUUUAAGGUUGAGAAGAUGGAGACGGAGUAUCGGCCGACGAAGCUGACCGAUGCGGUAAAUGGUGGAUUGGCGGGAUGGGUGAGGCUGAUGGGUGCGCCUUUCUUGGAUGCUCUUCCCGACGAAAAGCGCGAGGGCGUUGUGCAGCAGGUAUGUGAAGUUCUUGAGACGGCGGUGACGCGCCAUGAGGAUGGUAGUCAGUGGCUGGGAUAUGUGCGGUUGAGGGGCAUCGCUAGGAAGGUGUGA